AUGACAGAUGCCUGCAGUGGAGCAGAACCUGCUGCAGCUCCCACGGCCAGCCUGGAUGCCUCCGACCCGGAGCUGCACUAUGAGGAGGAGGAGGAGGAGGAAGAGGAGGCGUCCUCAGGAUCCUCAGAGCCCUCGGACAGCAGCAGUAUCUUCUCUGAUGACUCGGUGUACCCCUGCUACGAGGUGUCCCCCGAGGCUGGCGGGGCUGGGUUCCUCAGUCUCUACCAGUGCUGUGCCAGGAAUGAUGCCAAGCUGGUGUGGGAGAGGCUGGAGCGUGGGGUGACGCGGAGCGAGGCCACGGAGCUGGACAUCAACGGGAGGAACGCGCUGAUGGUCGCCUGCUCCAAGGGCUUCGUGGACAUCGUGCCCCUGCUGCAGAAGUGUCCCUACAUCAACAUCAACCAGCAGGACAACGAUGGCAACACGGCCCUCAUGAUGGCUGCCCAGGCAGGACACAUCACCAUUGUCAACUACCUCCUGAAUUACUACCCUGCCCUCGAGCUGGACCAGAGGGACCCGCGGGGGCUGACGGCGCUGAUGAAGGCGGCGGUGCAGGGGCGGCAGGACUGCGUCACCGCCCUGCUGCUGGCAGGAGCUGACCUGCAGGCGGUGGAUGCUGUCAAGGGGAAGACAGCCAGGGAAUGGGCGACCUUCACCGGCCGCUUCGAGACCACCGUGCGCAUCCGGAGCCUCCUGCGGCGCCCGCGCGCCGAGCAGUUCGCGGCCCAGUACCAGCCCGAGUGGCCAGCGCUGGCCCAGCUGGUGGCCAAAGCCCUGAGCCCCAAAUCCAGGAGCAAGAGGCUCUCGGAGAAGAUCCGAUCCAUUUUCACCUUCAACAUCCCCCGCAACCCCGAGGAGGACGGCGUGCUGGACCACAUGGUGAGGAUGACCACGUCCCUGGCCAGCCCUUUCGUGGCCACCGCCUGCCAAACCGUGUGCCCCGACAGCCCGCCCGAGGUGGGCAAGCGCCGGCUCUCGGUGCCGGAGAUCCUCGGGCAGCACGUGCCGGAUCCAGAUGAGGAAUCAGAGCUGUCCUCAAGGCCCAGCACGGGGGGAUCCUCCUGCAAUGGCCAGGCCGUGUCCGAGCUCCGGCCGCCGCCGCCGCCGCUGCCGCCCCGGCGGUUCCUGAGCUUCCUGCCGCGGUGGCUGCGCCGGGGGAACAGCGUCUUCCCCGGGGAGCCCGUGCCCAAAAUCAAAGUCAGCAAAGCCUCUGGGUCAUCCACCGGGGAGAGGAAGCCCCGUGUGAAGGACAAGCACCUGCUGCAGCCGCCCCAGUGGAGGUACAAGGUGCUGAAGGAGGAGAAGAAAGCGGCCGAGGAGGCCAAGAAGGGGGAGAAGGAGAAGGAGAAAAAGAAGAAGAAGAAGAAAAAGAAAGGCUAAGGAGGGAGGUGUGGGGUGGGGACAAGGUUCUUGCUGUCCCCUUGGGCUUGCUGAUUUUUCUGGCACGG